CUCACUGUGCACAUGCAGCGAUCCCAUAACGUGAGGAGCAGCGCACACUGGAGGGCGAGCUAGCGUAGUUGUUUUUCUCCUGUUCGCUGUUUACGUCCCCCUCCAUUCAUGUCCGCGGACCACCUCGUGUUCGGCAGCGGGUCUUAGUUCCGCCGGGCUCCUCCAUUUAUUCCCCCGCACCGGCAGUCUGGACUUGAAGCGAGCGAUGCGGGAGGAGGAGGAGGGCUGGGUGGCGUCAACAACAACACGGCGCGCGGCUACCGUCCCGUUAGCAUCACAGCGUCCCGCGGCCCAUGCCGUUUAGUCCCGCGGCCUCCAGUCUAGCCCAGUCCGGUCCGGUCGCGUCCCGAAGCCCGUCGUGAUGGCCGAGGACGACCCCCAGCAGCAGCAAGUGGAGCGCGCGGCGGGCGGCGCGGCCGGCCUGCUCCCCGGGCUGCAGGGCGCAGAGGCCGGCGCUCUGCAGCUCCGGAUCAAGAACUCCAUCUGCAAAUCUGUUCAAUCAAAAGUGGAAAACAUUCUGCUGGAUGUUGAGAAGUUCUCAGACAUCGAAAAACUCUACCUCUACCUGAAGCUGCCUUCUGGUCCCAGCAGUAGCAGUGAUAAAAGCGAUCAGAGCGCCCUGUCAGCGAGCCGCACGCAGCAGAUGCAUGCGUUCAGCUGGAUCCGCAAUCAUUUGGAGGAAUACCCCGAGACCUCUCUGCCCAAGCAGGAGGUCUACGAUGAAUACAAGAGCUUCUGUGACAAUCUGAAUUACCAUCCACUGAGCGCUGCAGACUUUGGGAAAAUGAUGAAAAAUGUCUUCCCGAACAUGAAGGCGCGUCGGCUGGGCAUGAGGGGAAAAUCGAAGUACUGCUACAGUGGGCUAAGGAAGAGACCUUUUGUUCACAUGCCCUCGUUACCCACUCUGGAGCUCCAUAAAAGCGGGGACGGGCUGCAGUGUGAUGUCCUAGAGUCCUCAGGCCAGCUAAGCAGCAUAAGGGAGGAGGUGCGCUUUGCCGCCUGUGACCUGGUGUGUGAGUGGGCCCAGAAGGUGCUGAAGCGCCAGUUUGACGCUGUGGAAGAUUUGGCUCGCUUCCUUAUCGACAGCCAUUACAUCAGCAACAAGUCUUUGGCAGCUCUCACCAUAAUGACCGGUACUGCAACAGAGGUGAAGACUCCACAGACGCUCUCAGCCUUUGUCCCCACCACUGAGGCUCACUCCUUCCAGCCUCACGCCUCAACCUUGUCGUCGCCUUCUGUCGAUGCCAAGCAGCAGCUUCAGAGGAAGAUUCAGAGGAAGCAACAAGAGCAGAGGCUGCUCUCUCCUUCACCGGCAGAGGGACAGGCCAAGGGGGCAGACGACGGCGUGGCCUGUGGCAGCCCCGUCUCCCCCUCCCCUCAGCCAACCAUAGGGAUAGUGGUCACCGCGGUCCCGAGCCCCAUCACGGUGCAGAGAAGCCGACAGCUGAUGUCUCCCAGCCCGGUGGCAUCGGUGGAGAACAAAAUGCUGCCAAUCAACUUCCAAAUGGUGACCCAGCCAGCUCAGCCGCUGAAACAGAGCCCCAAAGCCCUGCAAAGCAUCCUGAGCAGUCCCGUAGGAGAACGCUCCGCUCGCCAGCGAUACGCUCAGAUCCUGCCCAAGCCCUCAGCCACGACAGCGAUCGCGUUGCGCUCGCCCUCCACCAUGAUCAUCGCCAAUAACCCCAUUAAGACCGUGAUGACUACAUGUCAUGUGAGCCCAGUCAGUCUGGUCAAGAUGACAGCCAUAUCACUGGCACCCAGCAGCAGCAGCAGCAAUACUGGCACAUCCCUUACAAACACCACCCUGCGGCCAGCGUCUGCAGGCAUUAGCACGUCUAGUGUUACAGAAGACAUCAGCUCUGAUCCGGGCUUCAGGAGCGCUUCUGCAGUCCCUAUUCUGGCCCCAGUGGCCAGGCCAGAGCCGGCUGAUAACACACAUAGCAUCGAUGUUGAAAUGGAAGUUGAGGCCAUACAUAAAAACAGCCAAAUUCAAACUCUUAGCGGGCUCAUUGUGAAUCAAGGAGGAAUGGCAAAUAAAACUGUGGGGGCUAUGCAGAGAGCUGCAAGUGUGCCCAUACCCCAGACUAGAGGCUUCCUGGGUCUGGAGGAAACAUCUCUUACUGAAUGCAAUGGAAAGUUCUCAUCAAGCACCAACACUGUGGCAGCAGUCGAAGGCAACAAUGCUUGUUCUAAUAAUACAAGCAGCUUGCACUUAGCUCCCUGCUCUCAUAAUACCAGCGGUGCUUUGUUACUCACCACACGCAGACCGCCAUCAUUUGGGGAAAACAAUGGCGCACCACCAGCAAAGGAAGGUUUUUUAUCCACAAAGAGCUUCAGGAAACGUUCGGGCCUCAGCCCAGACCUUUCCCCAGUCAAAAGGCUUUUCAUCCCCCAGCAGCCAGUAGGGGGCGCUGCUGGUCUUGGAUACGGUCUGACAGCCUCCGGCGGACACACCUCCGGGGCAGGUGCUCCGGCCAGGCCCGAGAGCGCGCCGGCCACCAGAGAGGUGGAGAUGAAAAUGUCCAGCGCCGUCCGCUCGCCGUGCACGUCGUCCUUCAGAACCAGCGGCUUCUGCUCCGUUGCCAAAACACAGGGCGCAGUGCAGGUGAAAAAUGUGGGCCACAUGUUGCUACAGCAGCAGCACCAGCAGGGUUACACAGCGCCCAGCGUGCAUGCCAGCCUCCAGAGACCGUUGAGUGCGAGCGAUGUUAGGAGUUUAAACACAGGGAGUCUGGAAGGAGCUCAGCAGCACUCCUACGCUCAGUCCCACCCUGCCCCUGAACCCUUAGCAUUUUUAAACCAAGCCUCAUCGUCCAGUCAGCUCCCCAUGCACGUGGAUAUGGACUACUUCUCAUUUGAUGAUGAUGUGACUCAGGACAGCAUCGUGGAGGAGCUGGUGCAGAUGGAGGAGCAGAUGAAUCUUAACAACCUCCAGGAGUUUGGAGACUGUGUCCCACUGCAAGGUCAACAUGCUGCGGUGCCUAACACCAUAAUGUCCCCCAGUCAGACCAUGACUGCGUUCUAUCAUGCUGCACACAACAGCAGCAGCAUCAGCCUAAUCCAAACCCCAACCCCAACGCCCACACCCACAUCAGAAAUGCUGGGAGGAGCGCAUGGCCUGGCUGGAGAGAGCCCCUGCUCCCGCAUCGCCUCCACCACCCCCGUGGACAGUGCACUGGGAAGCAGCCGUCACACUCCAGUUGGUACUCCGCUCUCCAACUGCAGCAGCACUGUGCCCCCCAGUCCAGUGGAGUGCAGGAACCCAUUUGCAUUCACACCCAUCAACUCCAGCACCACCAGCUUCCAUGACAGCAGCACGGUCUCCAGCAGCCCCGUGAAGCCCAUGCAACGGCCCACUGCCACCCACCCGGACAAGACCCGCCUGGAGUGGAUGAAUAACAGUUACAACAGCAGCAGUGGGAGCUUGAACAAGUCCAACACUGGCAUUGGGAUCCUUCCCAGCUACCAGGGCCUGAUAGAUGACCAUUUUCAAAAACCACAUGCCUUCGCCGUCCCUCACGCACGUCACCAUGACAGCGGUUUUGGCCGUUUGACUCCCAUCUCGCCUGUGCAGCAGCAGCUAGCUAACGUGGCCAACGUGAGCAGGCAAGAGGGCUUUGCCGUGCCGGCUCCGCUGGAUAAUAAGUGCGCCAACACUCCUGCUGCCAGUUUUCGCUGUCGCAGUGUCAGCCCCGCUGUCCAUCAGAGGAAUGUGAGCGGCAGCGCGGGAAACAGCGGCCUUCCCAACGUUCCCCGAUCAGUGGUGUCUCCCUUUAACUCUCCUGUGACGCCUGAGGUGCUCAAUAUCUUUGCAAACAGCCAGAUGAAUCUUGGAGUGAGCAACAUGGCUCAAAGGAGCCGUUCUGUGCCACUCAACAUAAUGAUGCAAACAGAGGCCCCACCCCCACCGGGCCAGCAGCGCAACAGCAACAGCAUUGCCAGUGUCCUGCUGAGAAAGCUGGAUGGAGACCACGAUGAGGCUGUGCGGGGUCUGGGCGUCAAUAAUCUACCGUCUAGCUACACUGCACGCAUGAACCUCAGCCACAUGCUUGAGUCUGACCCCACCCACUGCUCUGACAGUCUGACCUCUGACCUCACCCUGAUGACGCCUGACUCCAGCGCACGCAAGCUUCUCAGGCCAGACUUCCCCCCAGAAAACAUCAUUAAUGAACAAACCAUUUUACAGGCAGCGUGUGGAGAGCAUCAGCAGGCCCAGUCUAUGUUCAUGACUUUGAAUCCGUCACAGCAGCGAGAAGACGUGCAACAGCCUCAACAGUUGGGUUUCAGCAGCAGCGUUAAAGGCCUCACGAUAGACAACGGUCUGACGUCUGGCAGUCAGCUCAUUGAACAGGUGUCAGAAUUGACCCCAUGUGGGGCUGAUUUCCCGUGUGAAAUCAGAAUGACGUCAGAGCUUUCAAGUAGCAUAAAUGACCUAAACGCAAUGGACACAAACCUGCUUUUUGACCCCAACCAGCAGCAAGGACAGCAUCAAAACGCUGCUGCAGAGGAGCUGGUGAACGAGUCGCUGUUUCAACAAAUUACCAGCGAGGCCACGCAUUCUGGCGGACUUGACUGGCUGGAAAGCAAAGAUCAUCCAGCUGUUGGGCUGAUGGGUUGAGACUUUUUAAAUCAUGUUGAUCGUGGUAGUGUUUUGUUUUGUUUGUAUCUUCAGGCAGUCAUAAUUUAUAACACAACACUGGACAUGUGAGGUUUGUCCAGUUUAAGUGCCAGAUUGACCUGAAACAAUGCUGCAACGCUCUGGUUAAAAUGCUGGUCAUUUACAUUAACUGGAGAUCAUCACCUCACAAUGUUUGAUCAAGUUUCCAACAAGUGAACAAAAUUUAGUGAACAAAAUGAAAUCCCAUAUAAACCCUGUUUUCACUGGAAAAUGUGAGAUUUAAAUGUAAAAGAGAGCAAAGCCAGUUGUUUCUCAGUGUAAGAACUGGGGCAUAAUGAAGCAGGGCUGUCAAUCAUAGCCCUUCUAUGACAGAAUCUCUUUAAAUUUAAUGUCAGCAAUUGUAUUCAUUAUGCAAUUAAAGUCCCAGGAGUAAAAUCUAUUCAAAGCUGAACAAAUAAUGUUUCAUUAGGAAAAUAUUUGUGUGCAAUUAAGAUUCAGUACAAGAUCAUCUUUACAGGAUUUUAGUUGAUUUGUUCUUCAGAGCAGAUAAAGAACAUAAUAAUGACAAUGUAUGCUAACUUCAUCCAUUCAAUACAGCAGCUCUGAACUCACUGAUUCUGAUGUCUCAGCUUUUAGGUUGAAGCUGUCAGAAAGGUGAUAAUUCUACUAUUUGUUUAUUAUUGAGGUCACAGCAGGUGAAUUCAUAAUACUAAGUGGGGAUUAUAAUGCUUUGCCCAUUAAAUAUUUAAAAUGAAUGAGGGGACCUGAAUAUUAUUAUUUAGUAUAAUUCCAUAUAUUUAUUAAUUAUACAGACUGUUGGCAGCCAGUGUUAAUUCAAAGCCAUUUCAAAUUGAGUGUGAAUAAACUGAACAAAACCUAAAUAAACUUGAUGAAUUUAAAUAAUUAAAAAGAUAAAGUUCUUCUCAGGUCGUUAACUCUCAAUUAUCUAACCUAGUUAAAUAAAUACAAAAUAAAAUAAAUAUUAGUUUAAGUUAUUAAUUGUAGACACACAAUUAAAAAAUGUCCUGUGAUCAACAGUCUGUCAAAUGGUGGAUUCCUGCACUUUUAUGUAGUCUUGCCUAAAGUAAUUACAGACAAUGACUAUAUAGCCAUAUUUCUUUAAAACUAAUGAGCCUUGCUUUUAUUGUAUGCACAUAACUUAUUUGAGUGAAGGUUAUCAUCUGAAGAUGAAUAAAUGGACAUAGAUGAUGCUUAAGGCACUUAAAUGAGGUAUUUCUAAAUUUUGCACUCAUUGAACUGCACUGACAAUCUGCAAUAGUUGUAUUCGUUUACAAAUAUGCACUGUUUAGUUUGGAUGAUAACAAAAUGCUUGCAAUGACUGAGGAUUCAAUCAAUAUGCAUGAAGGUACUCAUUAAAAUGAAAGUCAAGCUUUACGCAGAUGAUGAGCUCAUGUUCACUGUAGAGCUUUGAGUUCCUGAGCCUUUUGUCCGUACCAAAGAUUAACGUUCAAUCAUAACUGUAACCACAUGCACUGAAACCUUUGGUGUGUGAUGCAUCCCUAAGCUUUGUUUGAUCAUACAUUUUACUGAGAUCAGUGUCUCUUGCGAUAGAGACCUGACCCAAAAUACAGAUUAAACUUUCCUAUGCACCAAGUGCUUAGUGGAAACAAAGGGAAAUUAAAAUAUCUGUAGCUUUGUUCAUCAGACUAUUCAUAGUUGUUCACUAUAGUUGAGGUUGUAGUAAGCCCUAAUUUAUACAUAAAACAUACAUAAAAAUUAAAAUGCUUCUCUGUGUUAGCAGUAGCUUUUAGGUGUUUUUGGUCUCACUAACCUUAUUUCUUGUUUACGUGUGUGUUGUUUGUACAGGAGCCUCGCAGCCUAUAUACAGUAUACGCUUAUGUAGUCUGUUGUACUGUUUUGUUGUGCGCCAGCGCAUAUUACCAUGUGUUGUACAGCAAUGACAGAAUUAGACAAAUCCCUUUAAAAUUCAAACUGAUAACUAAGAUAUCUCAAGAAUAGAUUUUAGCAAAAAACUACGUGUUUAAAAAAUGUUUUUACGUAAUUAAUAAUUUAACAAUGCGGUAAUAUAUGGCAAAUGUCCAGAAUGUGUUGUUUUAUACAGGUACAUACAUAAAGGUACAGUAUUAUGUGGUUAAAGCAGGUCCUUGUUACACAUAAUUUCAUUUUUGGUCUAUUAUUGAGCGCUGACUUAACCAGACCAUUUGUUUAACUUGUGUGUCCAUAGAAGCAUUUAUUUUGUCCUGUUUAUUGAAGACUUUACCCUUCCUCUUGUUUGUACUGGGUUCAGAGCUGUAGAACUGCCCUCCACUGGAUUUUUGUUGCUGUAGUCGGUGUGAGAGUGUAGGACGUAUUUGCAUUUUAGCAGGUGCUUUUUUAAGGGGAAGUGCUUGUUUAUACUGGAUUUUCAAGAUUUUCAAGGCCAAUAAACGUUUGUAGUUA